AUGGAAUGCGCUGUUCUGUGUAAUAUACUUGGGCGUCGCUUUGGUCGCUUUGGUCGCUUUGGUCGCUUUGGUCGCUUUGGUCGCUUUGGUCUUUGGCUGUUAGAAGAGUUUGGUCUCGCUUCUAUGAUAUGCGUCAAACCCUCCUAUCAUGUGUGUCAUCGCCAGAAAUUGAUCGCCAAGCAAUAUUUUUCCAUCAAAGUUGCAAUCUACUCCAGCGCGAUCACUAGCACAAUGUUUCAAUUACGACGCACCGCUUUCCGUCUCCUCACAUCCCAACCCAAGUCAUUCCUCUCCAAGCCUCGCUCCUUUGCUACAACCACCUAUUCAGUAUUUAGAUACUCUAGUAAGCCAGCAUCAAUUGCCUUUCAGCGAAGAUGGGCGUCCAGUGAAGCCGAAGCCAAAGAGCAAGAUGAGGAAGAGCCAGCUAUUGUCCCGGAAGAACCCACGCCGGAGGAGCAAGUUGAGGACGCUAUUCAUUCCGAAAACGCCGCAGAACAAUCUGGGUCAGAGGCUGCUGUUAAUGAAGCCGCUGCAUCGUCUGACGUAGAGCCUGCUCAUCAAUCAGGUGAGGGUAUCCGAACUGAUACCGCUCCGUCUGCCUCAAUCCCUGGUGAUGAAUCAACCUCGAAAAUCAACGCUGCUGCAGAGUCGAUCAAAGAGGCGGUUUCCAACACAACAGCAAACGUAGUAGAGACUGUGCGCAAUGCCGCUGGCAUGGGAAGUGGUAGCGCAGGUUCUACCAGCGGUAGAUCCGAUUCUGCUGGGGGUCGGUCAGGCGGCGCGCUUGUCGAGCCAAAGUCAACCAUCUACAUUGGAAAUUUGUUCUUUGAUGUCACCGAGAACGAUCUUAUAAAGGAGUUGACUCGAUUUGGCACAAUCACAAAAUGCCGUCUGAUCCGUGAUUCAAGAGGUCUUAGCAAAGGAUUUGGAUACGUCGACUUCGAAACCAUCGCCUCCGCCACCAAAGCUAUCGAGACCCUGAAUCAGCAACUCUUCGAAGGGCGCCGCCUCGCCGUCCAAUACGCCGCAUAUACGUCCCGCCAGCUGGACGGCGAGCGCACCGGCUUUAAUCGCGCAGAACGACCACAAAAGCCUCUCAACCCACCUUCCAAAACCCUCUUUAUCGGCAAUAUGUCCUUCGAAAUGACCGACCGCGACCUUAACGCGCUCUUCAGAGGCAUUAAGAACGUCAUUGAUGUACGCGUUGCCAUUGAUAGACGUACUGGUCAGCCAAGAGGUUUCGCCCACGCCGACUUCAUCGAUGUCAAGAGCGCAAUGGAGGCGAUGAAGGUGCUUGAGACGAAGGAGACAUACGGCAGGAAGUUGAGGCUGGACUACUCGUAUGGUCCAAGCAACUCGCCAAGGAAUACGCUUGGGGCGGAUCGGGAGAGAGGCCGUAGGAAUGAAGAACGUGGUGAGCAGCAAGACAACUGA